AUGGCCUCCACGCUCUCUGUGCGCAAUCAUUCUGUGCGGCAGCCGUCCUUCUCCAGCAUGUCUGUGCGGGACAGUGGCCGCAACAUUCGCUCCAAGCCCGUUUCCUUCUCCACGGUGAGCACUCUGUCCCGCUCCGUGUCCAUGGGAAACGGCCUCAACAUGCUCAGCUCCUAUAACGGUGUGGGGGCCAGUGAGAAGGAGACCAUGCAGGGCCUCAAUGACAGGCUGGCAAACUACCUGGACAAAGUGCGCUCACUGGAGAGGUCCAAUGCAGAGCUGGAGGUGAAAAUCAAGCAGCUCAUGAUGGAUAAAUCUCCUAAAGGCCACGACAUUGAAGGGAUGAUGGCCCAGGCUCAUGCCAUAGGACAGGAGGUGAGAAAGAAGACCCUAGAAAACGCACGCAUCAUGCUGGAGAUUGAUAAUGCCAAACUGGCGGCAGACGACUUCAGGGUCAAGUGGGAGGCUGAAGCCACACUGUGCCAGUCUGUGGAGAGGGACUGUCAGGCUUUGAGAAGAGCCAAAUCAGACCACGACCAGAUCAUCGCCACGCUGCGUGGAGACCUGGACAGCCUGAAGGAGGAGCUGUACUUCCUCAAGAAGAAUCAUGAUGAGGAGAUGAGUUCUAUGAAGCUGCGUCUGACAAACGAGCAGGUGAAUGUGGAGGUGGACGCUGCUACGGGUCCAGACCUGGGCGGAAUCUUGGCUGAACUGCGGGUCCAAUAUGAGGGCAUCGCUCGCAAGAAUAAGGAUGAAGCGGAGACCUGGUAUAUGAAGAAGUUGGAGGCCGUUCAGUCAGAGGUGAAGGAGAGCAAUGAGGCCCUGCGCUGUGCCCAGAGUGAGCUGAGCGAGAGGAGGCGCUUCCUACAGGCUCUGGAGGUGGAGCUCGACAAUCUGCGGAAACAGGUGAGCGUGCUGGAGGGGAACCUGGCGGAGACGGGACAUAAGUACUCUGUGGAGAUGGACCGGCUGCAGACCACACUCACACAGCUGGAGGACGAACUCUCACAGCUGCGUCUGGACAUGCAACGCAACAAGACCGACUACGAACAGCUCCUGCGCAUCAAACAGAACCUGGAGAUGGAGAUUGCCACCUACAGGAGGCUUCUGGAGGGAGAGGAGAUGGUUAAAGAAACUCCUCCACCUCCUAAAAAAGAUCCAGACGUGCGCACGAGGAAGAUUGUUAAAGUGGUCACUCAAACGAUGAUCAAUGGGAAGACAGCAGAAAGAUCGAGGAGAGGACUACUUUCCUGUAACACAUCUUGUGUAAACAAUACUGCCACCAGCUUCAAAGUCACGAUGGACCUGCUGGCUCUGCCCACGCCUUAUGUGACGAGGGCGUGUGACGUUUACCCCCACAGCGGAUACCUGCCUGAAGACACGUACAGGACCCCAUGGACCAGAGGGAAUGCUGUAUCAACGUGUAAACUAUUUCUUAAUAAUUCUGCGCUUGAUGACUUGAGAAUAAAUAACCAACUUCCUAUUGACAGACCAGAAAGUAUGACCCUUGAAGAAAGUGAAGUUAUACCCAGCUCUAACCCUGACUCUUUUAAUGAACUGGACAUCAAUGAGACGGGCGGCGUUUUGGCAGAAACCACAGAGUCAUGUCAGGAAACAUUUUCAAGGGUACAAAUAAAUCAGACAAGGCUGGAAAACAAAAAGCAAGAGCUGUCCUUGGCCGAAGACUUAAUGGAAGAGGACCAUCUUAGACAGUUUAAAAGGCAUUUACCUUCGCUCAAAGCCAAACUGUCGAGGCUAAGAAUGUGUCCUGUGGCGGAUCCUCUGUUGAGCUUCCAACAUGAAAACAUCGCUGAAGACCAGAUAUACAGACGCCCUGAACCUUUUGAAAUACCGUCUCAAACUGGAGAUAGCUGCUCGUCUGAAAUCAAUAUCCUGGAAAUCUCUGCCUUUGAGUUGGAGGAUCGCACUGGGUUGUCAAAUGUCUGUGAUGUUUUGGGGAUGAAGCCAGAAACAAUGGAUGAGCAAAAUUUGGUGAAUGAAAUAAUUCAAAAGGCAAAUCAAGAUACUCCUCAAGUUGAAAUAUAUGAACAGCAGACAACAAAGAUCUCCAUGGAAACAUUUGCAGAAGCAGAGCAUAUUGAACAAAUGAAAACUUCAGCUGACAUGGAAGUUGACGUGACUUUGAGCCCUGUGCACAAAGACAACACCAACAUCUGUCUGUCCACUUUCAAUCAUUCAGCAGAGCCACUUUCACCACAGGGCCAAGUAUGUUUAGUGUCUGUGAAAUCACAACAGGAACAAGAAAUGGCAGUGUGGACCGCAGAAAAACAUCCCACGUUCGUGCUCAGCUUCAUGUUGACAGACCCCCAGGUUUAUGAGCCACCAGUUGAUUUUCAUCCUUUGUCGGAAGCAUUGAGGGUUUUGUAUCCUGAAAAACAUCUUAUGAGUGAAGAGUCGGUACAAGAUUCUGCCAUAGUCCUACAGACACCUCUUUGCAGCGGCAGUGAUUUCACAGAGAGUAUCCAGCCUGACAUUACCCCUUCAAAGAAUCAGGUGGAAGAGUUCAAAAAGAUGUGUCCUGAACAACAAGACUCUUACAUCCUGACUAUCCCCACAUCCAGAUGCUCACUGUCUAUUCAGAAGAGGCCUGAAGACCCAGUUGUGUCAGAUAUCGAUGAACCACAUCAAAAGGAACCAGUCCUAUACUGUCCUGGGAAAGCACUGUCUGAGAACUUAUGCCAAGCUAAAACUCCAAGUCAAAGCUGUCCACAAUUUAAACAGAAGGAUAUUUGGCACAACACAAAAGAAAACAGCCAGGCAGAGCCGAUGAAGAGGGCACUCAAGAGAAACCAUUCUGAAUGUGUCUCAGUGGAUCCCCCUGGUGUAGACCCCCUCUCCACCUUCAUCAUGCUCCGCUUACAGCAGCCUGCACACGCCGCAGCCGGCCCACUGCCCGGCUCUGUCAAAGAUGCCACGAAGCAGGUCCUCCGCAGCGAGCCCCAAACUCCCAGAGACCAGACUCAACAACGUGAGCUGCUGUGUUUUAACACAACCGUGUCAGGAAAAGCUUCUCGAGAUCAGAGGACGCCUCCGCUCACCAGUUGCCCCAACGAACCACAGAACCAGCCACAAAGACAAGACAGUGCAGUGCUACAGGUGCAAGCCACCGAGUGCCAGCUGCAGGCCUACAGAGCUGUGUUGUCGUUCGCUCAGAACCACAUGAGCUUCGUCCAAACUCUGGGUCUCGACCCCAGCACGUGGGGAGACUUCAGCCACCUCACUCUGGACCAAACACACUUCCUGCUUAAACAGCAAGAAAAAGCUCUCAAAUCAACAAGCACACGCAGUGAUGAAGAACUUCUCCAGCAGGUGGCGCUGAUACAUGUGCUGGUGACGUUUAAGGAGCUGCUGUUGAAGUGUGGCCUCAGCUCUGGUCUUGAGUUUUUAAAACAGAUAAACAUGGAUGACGAGUUCAACCUGUUGCUGAAACAGCUACAGAUCACUCUUUACCUCAGCCACAAGAAACUGGAGACUGAUCCCAAACUGUUGGAGCUGCAGAAGCUGCUGAAAACAUGGCUCAACAACAAGAAAGACUGUAGUGCUAGUGUCGCCAAUCUUCAACUUGAGAAAGACAAGAUGAAACUGAAUGGUUCCAGCAUCGUCAGCAGUGUGUGCAACAGUGUGUGUGCUGUGGUCUGUGAGCAGCACAUUGGGCCUGACUUUCCCUGGCACUGCUUCUGUCGCCUGGUGGAGUAUGACCACCCUGGGCCCUCCCCCUGGGCCUCCGUCUGCAGAGACAGGGGCCUGCUUCAUAUCAACUUCACCACAGUUGUUCCAGCAAAUGACUCGUGGCCUCAGUCUCUGGAGGGCCGUGUGCCUCAUGUGCUGUUUGUGACAGAUGGACUUCUCAACUGCUCCAUGCUUCUACAGACUCUGGAGUCAACGUUUAAUAUUACACUCCUGGAGAGACAUCACAGCAUGACUUUGCAGAUGCUGGGAGGGACUCAUCAGUACGCUGUGAUCACAGUGGACGAGAGCACCGCUAUCGUCAUACAGAAGGAAGAGGAGCUGUGCCAGGAGCGUGCCAGUGAAGCUUUAGUGAUGAGGCUGAGUGCGCUCUCUCUGCAGUACAGCUGCUGCUGGUUCAUUCUGCUCUGUCCAGACGGCCGAGGAGGAGGGCUUUCUCGUGAGGCAUUUAGCAACCUGGUGCUUGUGUAUUCAUCUCUGGUGAUUUUUAGCAUGAAAUCAGAAGAUCUCGAUGUAAAGGUGCUGCUGGUGUCGGAUGUGAUGGAAACGGCCUCGUGGAUCAGUCAGAUCUGUUUCUUCACUUUGAUGAGCAGCGAGAGGGAUCCAGUCGCAUACUUGGACAGACACUGGUUAACCGUCUUACAGUCUAAUGAAGAGAAGUGCUUGUUGCAUUUCCCCUGCAUAAACCCUCUGGUGGGUCAGCUGAUGUUGAAGAGAGCUCCCAGCCUCCAGUGGCUCCUGAGUGCGCCUCUGCCAGAGCUGAAGGAGAUGCUCCCAGAAGUGCCUCAUAAAGUGCUGAAGCUUUUCAGUGAUACCACUUCCCUAUACACUAAAACGACAGACCUGAAUAAGAGCAAGAGUCCAGCAGAGACUAAAGAUCUCCAUCUGAGUGGCUCCAGCACGAAUGCAUGGUUCAACAGCGAGGACCGUUUGAGUUUGAGCCCCGUGCAGGACAUCCACUUCCCAUUUGGAUCUCAGCAGGACAGCUUCUUUGUCACCUCGUCCCCAGAAGAGCAAGAGGCCGACGUGAGAUUCAAUUUGGGCAGUUCGUUUUUAGAGCCAGGUUUUUGCACACAAAACAGAUGGACCAUCAGUGACCUGUGGAAAGACAAUGGAGCCUCCUCAAACUGUGGAGUCAGGUCAGGCGCCAGUGGGAAAAUGGUUGGAAGAGCUGAUUUACAGUUCCCCCAUCAGAACUGCGGCAAGCCAACCAAUCAAAUGAAAUACAUCAGUCCUUUUACAGCCCAAUCCAGCUUUAGUUUCAACAGAGAUCUGCAGCUGCCCCGCAGUCUGACGCCCCCUGGUGGUGAGGACAUGGAGUGGAGUCCAGGUCUCAGCCCAAACUUGACUUUUCAGAAAGCCAGUGCAACUUAUGGCUCAAAAUCAUUUGUGGGACGAGAGAGAAAGAGAAGUGGUGAUUCAGAACAUUUGUUCAACGGAGUUCUGAGACCACUGAAAAGGAGCAGCGUGUGGAGAGUCCUUAUCAUCACACACCAGCAGAGUGAAGCUGGUCCCUCAGGAAUGAUCCCCAGACAAAGACGACCCCUGGGGGACGCCGACUACUCCGCCUGCGGACAGACAGCUCGACUGGCCACCAUCAAUUACCCCGGACACAUCUUUACUGCUCCAAUGACAAGAAAAGUAUUCACCAACACACGGGAGCGGUGGCGCCAGCACAACGUCAACUCUGCCUUCGCCGAGCUUCGAAAGCUGAUUCCCACUCAUCCUCCGGAGAAAAAGCUGAGCAAGAACGAGAUCCUGCGUCUGGCCAUGCGCUACAUCAACUUCCUGGUGCAGGUGCUGGAAAAGCAGAGUCCGUCCUCCAGCCCGACAUCCACAGCUCUGCUCACACUGCUGCGGGACAACAUGGAGCAGCUGCAGUCUCCUCCUCAGCCCUGGACCCUGACCAGCGACACAGAGCUCCCAUCUCCGGGCUCCUCUUGUGACAGCUCUGAAGCCUGGUAG